AUGGCCGUCAGCAUAAAGGACAAGGCUAACAGCAAAAUAAGUGAUACACAAUAUAGUCCGAAAAGCGUGACCAGCAACAAGACGAAGACCAGCCUCCUCUCCCUUCUCUAUCUCGGGGUUCUCGCUCUCUUCUCCACCCUUAUUGUCCCACUGUGUCAAGGACGUGCUCCGACAUCCGACGCAACGGCAUCCAAGAAACUGUCGUACCUGCCCUCAUGUGUCCUGCGAGUCUUUUGGUCGUCGGUCGCCAAGAACGAUCAUAGAACAACGUUGGACCAUGCAGGGCGGCAGUGUGGGUGGUAUUCUGCAUUCUGCAGUGGACGGUCUGCGGGCAAGGUAGCCACAAAAGCACUGCUGCAGGACAUCUGCAGGGAGUCGGAGGACGACUACGAUACUCUCAAGACAACCCCUGUCGAUUUCGUUCGCAAGGUUCGACUGCCGAUCGUCAACACGUGUGCUCAAGCGUCCUCCAGACUUGUCGAAAUCGUGAACCCCGACAGCGCCGGCCGCAGUCGUACCCUUAAGCAGAGCUAG